AUGUCCUCGUUUGAUGAAGGAGAAGGAGAUCUUCAUGACAAGGAUAAACAGAGAGCUUUUCUAUCAAAAGUUUACCUGGUCCUCUCGAUUCAGCUUUUAUUCACCGGUGUAACUGUGUUUUUACUGACCCACAAUGAAGCAAGUCGAGAAUGGCUUUUCGAUCAUCCGUUCUUCGUUCUCUCCGCUUCGAUCGGAUCCACAGUCCUGUACCUGAUUAUCGCUUGUUGUGACAAAGUCAAACGAUCCUAUCCUUUGAAUAUAAUACUCCUCAUCCUUUUUACAAUAUGUACCGCAGUAAUGGCAGCUGGAAUGUCGGCACGCUACAGGUUGAUCGUCGUACAAACGUCAUUCAUUGCGACGGCAACAAUAACGAUAGUUAUGAGUCUUUUAGCAAUAUUCGCACCCUGCGAUGUCACCGGCUGCUCAAUGUUUUUCGUUAUUGGAUUUGUAGCACUCACUGUGUUAAGCAUUGUUAACUUAAUAUUAUCUUUUUUCAUGAACGUCGGCAUUCUUCAUUUGAUCAUCAGCGGAUUUGCAGUACUUCUCCUCUCUUUUUACAUUAUGUUUUUAACACAGUUGCUCGUAACGGGACAAUUCGGGGAUAUUCGCGAUUCUGGACAAUAUAUUGAAGCCGUAAUUUGUUUAUAUAGUGCGAUAAUUGACAUUUUCAUACAUCUUCUGCCUGUCAUAAACGCAGUAAUGGGCGAAGGUGGUGAAGAGUGA